AUGAGCAAUACACUCAUUUGUAUUAGUGAAGAGCUUGUGGUAUCAGGGGAGCGGGAGGAACGAGUCAGACAACGGUCGCAAGCACCAAAAUCUGUACGCAAACGCUUUGGCUCCCUCCUGUAUCCACUACUACUGUCACUUUGUGGAGUGGAUUAUGAGAACAAGCUUCCACCAGUAUGGAAGAAGUUGGCGGAAUCAGGGAAGCAAGAGAGACAAGUGCUGGAGCGGGAACUUGCCAGCCUUGAGCAGGAACUUGGGUCCCCAUCACGACCACUAGCAACACCGGAUCUCACUAUGAAGGUCAUGAGUCUUAUGUGGGGCGGGAGAAACUAUGAAGAUCUGACCCAAGGAAUUCAUGUCUUCUCCAUUGUUGUCCCCGAGUACAACAAUGCCAAUGGUGAUGCCUCACAAGAUGCACAAGAGAGAUCCAAUGCCUGGGACCUCGUCAACGAUGGUGGCACCACCACUCUCCAAGAUGUUGAGAAGGUAAAGAAAACAAAGGUAGUCAUCCCUGCCGGCUUUGUCGAGGGACACGCACAGCUCAAUAGCAUGGGCCUGCUGUGGGUCCUACUACUGGGACGAACACAUCCCUUUGUGGCCUCCUACAAGCGCCUUAUGGACCUGCUGAAUGGCCGGUUCAGCCAAUUCCAUGUCUUCUUCACCAACGUGGACCAAGCAAGAUCGGCAACAGAGCCACCAAGCAUGCUCCUCUUCCUUCGCAAGGUGCAGAUCCUCACCACCAAUAAUAAUAAUAACUGA